CUGAUUGCUGUUUUCACCACUCUCUGCUGAGCUCAGGGUCUGCUGGGCCCCCCCCACAAUCUUUCUCUGCAGGGUACUUGAAUGUCUGCUGGGUAAUGAAGCAUGCAGGGAGGACGGCUCCAGGAACCCAUCUGUUUCAGGGUAACCUCGUCUGGAAUUGUCCCCUCAGCUAGGAGUUCCUACUAGAACCCAAAUCGUCUUCAGGACUCCUUCAACCUGCUGCCCAGUGGGAGGUGGACGAGCGACCAUCACGGAAAACAUUUCCCAAAUACAAUAGAUUGAGGCAGUUGCACAAGAUGAGCCACCGGCAACCCUGCACAUCAUCACUGAGCAAUGAAAACGGCUCUGAGGUCUUCAUCAUUCCCGGGCUUCAGGAAGAAGAGCAGGCGGCCGUGCAGAAACGCAGAGACCAGGUGCUCAGGGCUCUGCAGGGGCUGCACAUCCAGGCCGAGCAGGCACCGGUCAUCGCAGUCCUGGGCUCCGGCGGGGGCCUGCGGGCCCACAUCGCCUAUCUUGGGGUCCUGAGCGAGCUGAGACGACAGGGGCUGCUGGAUGCUGUCACCUACCUCGCCGGCGUCUCGGGGUCCACUUGGGCAAUGUCCUCCUUCUAUGACAAGGACGGGAACACAGAGGACAUCGAAGCCGACCUGAAACGUCGAUUUGACCAGAGGGAGUGGGACUGGCGCAGGAGCCUGGAGGAGACAGUCCGGUCAGCGAGGACCUUGGCGAAUUACUCUCUGACUGACUUUUGGGCCUACUUGGUCGUCUCCAAACAAACCCGAGAACUGCAGGACUCUCACUUGUCCAGCAUGAAGACGAGUGUGGACGAGGGGAUGAUGCCCUACCCGAUAUUUGCAGCCAUUGACAAUGACCUUCACACUGCCUGGCAGAAGGAAAAAAGCCAGAAGACCUGGUUUGAGUUCACCCCUCACCACGCUGGCUACCCGGCGCUCAGGGCCUACGUUGCUGCCACCCACUUUGGAAGUCAAUUCACGGAGGGCAGAAUGGUCAGGCAGGAGCCUGAGCGAGACCUGACCUUCCUGAGAGGUUUAUGGGGAAGUGCUCUAGCCAGCCUUGAAGAAAUCAAGAAAUUCAUUUGGGACCAGCUGUCCAGCCUGAGGGAAAAGUUUGCACUGACGUAUCAGCAUCAUCCUGUGGAAGGGGCGUCGGGAGGUGGAGCCACAAGAGGUCCCGCCCGAGGACUCUGCCUUCACCGGCCGCUUCAUGUCCUCUCCAGGAGUGACCCUGCCAGGACAGCAGUGGUCAGGACAGGCGCAGGGACGGGUGUGCUGGUGGAACUCCUGGAUUUGGUGAUGGCUUAUAUAGAAGAUCCCAGAUCCCCCAGGAUCCAGGAGAAACUCCGAGGACUGCAGGGGGCGCUGGAAGUGGGAAGCAGAGGUGACGCGGGUGAGCCCGACCACAGCUGGAUGACGGAGGUGAUCCAGAACUGGAGCCAGAUCUCCCUGGAGGAGCAGGAGCAGUUCCUGGAAUACCUGGCCCACUGCGUCAGGAGGCAGGAGCAGGUCCUCCUGCAGCUGGAGGGAACCCCCGCGGUGGCUACAUUUGGGGACUAUUUCACGUUUCUGCUUAAGACUGGAAUAUGCUGUUUCAAGUGGGAAUGGGGGACCACUCACAACUUCCUGCAUAAACAUGGUGACAUCGAAGACCAGGCAAUGCACAGCCGCAAGCUCCUGCACCUGGUCGACGCGGGGUUUGCCAUCAACACGCCCUAUCCACUCGUUCUGCCCCCAGUGAGACACGUUCAUCUCAUCCUCUCUUUUGACUUCAGUGCUGGGGAUCCUUUCGAGACCAUCAGGGCCACCGCCGACUACUGCCAGCAGCACGGCAUCCCCUUCCCUCCAGUGGGCGAGGCUGAGCUCCAGGAGUGGUCCAGAGCGCAAUGCAGCUGCCACAUCCUGAGAGGCGCAGGGGGGCCCGUGGUGAUGCACUUCCCCCUGUUUAACACCAACAGCUGUGGAGAUGAGAUCCAGUCGUGGAUGGACAGAUACGGCACAUUCCAGCUAGCGGACAGCUACAGUGUAGACAUGGUGACCCAGCUCCUGGAGGUGUCCAAGAAGAACGUCGAAAUAAACAAGAUGAACAUCCUCAGAGAGAUAAAGAACGUGGCCAGCUACGCCCUGCACCGCAUCCAGUUUGCCGUGGCCGUGCUCACGGGCCGCUCGCCCAGGACCACCUGGAGCGCGUCUUUGAUGGCGUCAUGCAGGGGUCCCUGGAGCUGAAAGUGGUGAGGUGUGUCCUGCAGACCCCGCAGGGGGCCCUGGAGCUGAGGCACGGCCCCCUGACCAUCAGAGCACCGUGUCCAAUGUUCACAUGGCCAAAAUAGACGUGGUGGUGGAGACCAGAGCCACGUGACUCUCCUUGGUCAUUUCACCUCUGUGGCUGCUGCAUCGCAGUGGGUGGGUGAGCUCUGGGGAAGGAGGAACCUGGGGCUGUCCUGGGCUGUGGCCUCGGGGACAAAUCAGUGGGGAGGAUACAGCUGCCUGGUAAGGCUUGCUAACCGGCUGCAUGACUGUGGCUCCAGGUCCGCUCUCUCACCGCGGCCUCCCUGUUCCCCAGGCUCCCUUCCUGCCCUCGUUACCCACCUCCUUCCGGGUCUGGACUGCGACCUGUCCCACUUACCCCAGUGUCUCCUUCCACCCUCUUCCUCACGGGGACGCCGUCCUCCACUGUGUCCCUGCGCCCUGGCCUCCUCUGACCUUCUUCCCGCCCUCGCCCUCCCCGCGUCUCUCCCUCAGUGACUAAGCCCGAGCCCUGUGUAGCGGGGGCGGCAUGGCUCCUGCUGCUGCUCGUCCAGGACGCAGGCGGGCCCUUCACGCCUGUGCCCAGAGUCGGACCUGAGGCCUGCAGCCCGGAAAGGGCGACGGGAACCUGAAGUCCCCAGAGCAUAUGUCGGGCGUAUGCUGAGUGUCGUGGGACGUUAGCCGUUGCCUGUCACACCCAGUCUUCCUAAGCAAGGGCUCAGGAGGUGAACCAUGUCCGCCAGAAGAUGCUGAGGUCACGACCUCCAACACUUGGACUGUGACCUUAUGUGGAAAUAAGGUCUUUACAGAUGUGAGUUCAUGAGAUGCAUCAUCAGGGGACCAAGGCCACCAGGAUUGGCCUCUUUAUAAACAGGGGACAUCUGGACACAGAGGGCGAUGUGCCCAUGGGUAGACCAGGUCCCCUGAAGGCAGGGAUAGAGUGGCACCUGUGAGCCACACAACACUAGAGGUGGACAGUAAGCCACCCCUCGCCCCUGUGCAGAGCUCAACAGUGCCCUUUGGGGACCCCUCCCAUGCCCUGGGAGCUUUCCUGGCUCGCUUCUCAUAAAUCUGCCACUGAAUUCUCACCCUCUGAGUCUGGGUGCCUUAUUUUUCAGGGGUAUGAGACAAGAACCCUCCAGCGCUCACACGACCUGUGUUAUGAUGGUUCCCCACACGGAGGAGUGACAGCCUUGUGGUCCAGGUCCCCCCAGAGCCUAAUCUACUGCUCUCCUGCUUCCGUGGUGGGCACCUCCUCACUGUCCUCACUGUCCAGAGGUGGACAGUGAGCCACCCGCCCCCACGCAGGGCUCUGUAGCACAGGAUCCCGCCCAGGCUUCUGGCUGCCUGGCUCAAGUCUCCUCAGCCUGCUCCCCCUCUGCUGCUUCCUCAGUCUCAGCUUGACUCUCCUGACCUUGACCUUUCUGAAGGUCACAGGCGGUUGUGGUAAACCACCCCUCCAUCUAGGCUUGCCUGACGUCUUCCCGUGAUGAGUUUCAGGAAGACCGUGAAAGGGAGGCUGUGUCCUCAUCACGUCCUGUAAGAUGGGCAGGAUUUUGUCACAUUAUCAGUGACUUUCCUUUGGGUCAUUUGAUGACGCUGGUCCU